AUGGCCACUGCUCCGAAGUCAAAGAAAAACCAAGAGAAACCAUUCCAUGGAGUGACCAAGGCUAAGAAGAGCCGAAAUGGGUGUUUAACUUGCAAAAAGAAACGUCUCAAGUGUGAUGAAACAAAACCUGUAUGUCUCAACUGUACGAAGAAAAAAAUUCAAUGUGGAGGAUAUGCCACCAAUUUUAAAUGGAAAUCUUUUAAUGACGACUCCUCCAGUAAUAGUUUGUCAGGCGUUACAAACAAAAAUUUGAAAAAACAACUAGAACUUGCAAGUGUUUCUAUUACAGGGAAAUCUAUUGAUGAAAUAACAAAGGAGAGUGAACUAAUUGCAAAAGGAUUUAAUCCCGAUAUUCUGAGAAACCGACAUGAGAGAAAUAGCUUCAGUGCAGUAUCUACAUCCGAAACAACCGAGCUCAUCAGGUCCUACAGUGAUUCCUACCAUUUGAAUGAGGUUAGAGAGUUUCGUAAUAGAAGUGAUUUGAAAUCUCUUGCUGAGGUUGCAGUUGAAGAGAUGGAGAAGUCCACAACUCCACAAUAUCAACAAGCAUCGUCACUGUCACCGCCGGCUCAAAUGUUUUCUCCUAAUUUUGAAAAUCCCGUCACAUCACUGAAAUCAUUAACGAAGAGUCAAGGUAGUCCUUUGGGUAAUAUAGCUGAUCUUGAUAUAAACCUAACACCUUCGUUAACUGCUAUUUUAAACUUUGCUUUUAAUAACGAUGCACCUAGUAUUCCUUCUGUUGAAUCGUUAAGUCCAUUGACGUUGAAUUACGAACCAAGACCUGAAACCCAAAAACCAGAAAUUGAGGGAUCUUUAGUGAAAUCAUCUGAACAUGAACAAAUAUUGUAUUUAUUCUCGGAAUACACUUCUGGUAUAAUGUCAAUAAAGAACGGAAUCCAUGAAAAUCCCUGGAGAAAUAUGGUUGUACCAUUAGCUUCAAAACAUUCUUGUAUUUUCAAUUCAAUUGCAUCCAUGACGUUAUUUCACAUGGCUGGUAGUAAUGGUGUUGUCCAUGCACCAGACGAGCUACGGGAAAAAGGCUAUCAUUAUAUGAAGAAAUGUAUCUUGGAAUUAGCUAACGGGUUAUCCAAUUCAGCAACCGACUUGCCACUUGAUGUUGCCUUGAUAACAUGUUUAAAUCUCGCUGUGAGUGAACAAUGGGAUACACAUACAUCCAGUGGAAUUGCUCAUUUGAAAGGAGCCAAAAGUAUGAUUCAGAAAAUAAUAGAGUUACUAAAGGAACAACAACAGGCUAUUCGAAAAGAUAGAAUUCAAAGUGUCACGGGCUCAGUAGUUAGCGAUGAUAGUAAUGGCAGCCAUUUUAACGUGAAGAAUAAAUUAAAAAGUAAACUAUCUUUGCUCGGUGAUUUUGAUUUUGAAAACAUGGUUCAUGAAACAAUCCACUGUCCCGAAAAAGUAGUAGUGAUUCCAAAGUCUAUUCAAUUUAUUUUCAACCAUUGGGUGUAUUUUGAAGUACUAGCUCAAAUGACUUCAGAUACCGUGUGUGACGAUAAAGGUAUUGAUCUAGUAGCAGUUAUUACAUCUGUAUCACAAAACAAGCAAAGUGACAAAGACCUCACCAAAUCACCAAGAUCAGAUAGAAGUGAUCUGUCAGAGAGUGCAUUUCAUUUUUUUGAAACCAUCAAUUCAUUUAAUUAUAACAACGAGCUUAUAGAUCCGCUAUUGGGCUGUGGUCAAUCAUUGUUUGUUAUUAUGGGCAAAGUUGCAAAUUUAAUUACCAAAAUAAGAAAAGCAAGAAGACAAGGUGGUGGUAAGAAAAGGAAUACAUUGCUAACUAUCAGUCAGGCCACUGAGCUUAGACAGAAAUUGCACAAUUGGAAACCAGCUGUUGUUCUGAGUGUUGUUGAUGAUGAUGGAAAUGACUCUACUACUUGGGAUAUCCCUCUGUGUGUCGCCACAGCAGAAGCAUAUCGAUAUUCCACAUUGUUGUAUUUACACCAAGCAGUACCUGAAAUCCCUUCCUUAUCAUCUCAUGUUUUGGCGGAAAAAAUAUUCAUUUUAUUAGCAUCAAUUCCUACAUCAUCAAAUUUGAUGAUUGUUCACAUUUUCCCACUUUUGGUAGCAUCAUGUGAAGCGGAAAUUGGAGAGGAGAGAGAGUGGUGUGAGACACGUUGGAAGCUAUUCUCCGAAAGAAUGUGGAUUGGGAAUAUUGAUAGAGCAUUUGAAGUUGUUAAAGAGGUAUGGAAACGAAGAGAUGCAUCGGAAAAGUCUGAUUUUAAGUCUGUGCAUCAACAGAAUGGAUUUGUGUCUUCCAUGCAUUCUGACGGCAGAAAUGAUAAUACCCAAGAUGAUAAUUCACUUGAUUCUGAAAAUCAUUGGAGUACAAUAAUGAAAGAAUGGGGUUGGGAAGUAUUAUUGGGGUGA